UAUUCUUACCACAAGGUGGCCCUUUGAGCUCUCUGAUACAUGCCAGGGGCUUCAGCAGGUAAGAGCUCCUUAUUGGUUUAUUGAAAGCAUGAUGCUUCCGAGCAACCCUUUUAAAGAGAAAAGCUAGAAACAGUACGGAGAGCUUGUAGCCCAGCAGCUCUGCCUUGAGGAAGUGAGGAUCUGCGAACUCUCAUUUCAAAUUCAUCAUCAUGAGUGAGAGACAAGGUGCUGGAGCAACAAACGGAAAAGGCAAGGCCCCUAAUGACAAUGAUACGCAAAAGAAAGUUCCAGAGGAUUUUGACAUAGACAUGGAUGCACCAGAGACAGAGAAAGCUGCUGUGGCGAUACAAUCUCAAUUCAGAAAAUUCCAGAAGAAAAAGGCUGGCUCCCAGUCUUAGUUGUUACCUCACAGUUUUCCCCAUCAAACACUAGUCUAUCUGGAAAUGAAUUAAAACUUUUAGAUGCAUGUACAGGAAUAACCACUAUUUAAAACCCCAAUUGUCAGAUAUCAAAAUAAGUAUGCAUAUGUUGUGGCUUAGUCUCUAUAUUGACAACCAGUAUCAGUUCUUCUGUAAUCCACAUUUUACCUGAUAUUAAAAUAAAAUAUUAGGAUGAAAUUACUGAAAUUUGGUCAGUCUUGCGCUGCAUUCUUAUAUUAUUUCAAUAAAUCCAGUGCUUUACAUUAAAAGAA